GUACCCGGCUCUGUACAGUCUGCGGUGGAGCUUUUGAAUCAAGGGAAUGAUCUGAUCUAUAUUAAUGCUCCAGACAGAAUGGUAAAAGAAGAAGAGACAGAUGUAAUCAGUGAUGAGCAGUAUAAGGAGGACAUUCCUGCAGGGAAAGAUCUGCUCCAUAUUAAUGCUACAGACAUAAAGGAAGAAGAGACAGAUGUGAGCAGUGAUGAGCAGUAUAAGGAGGACAUUCCCACAGGGAAAGAUCUGAACUCUAUUUUUGCUACAGACAUAACGAAAGAAGAAAAGGCAGAUGUGAGUGGUGAUGAGCAGUAUAUGGAGGACAUUCCUACAGGGAAAGAUCUGAACUAUAUUAAUACUACAGACAUAAAGAAAGAAGAAGAGACAGAUGUGAGCAGUGAUGAGCAGUAUAUGAAGGACAUUCCUUCAGGGAAAGAUCUUAUCUAUGCUACAGACAUAAAGGAAGAAGAAGAGACAGAUGUGAGUGGUGAUGAGCAGUAUAAAAAGGACAUUCCUACAGGGAAAGAUCUUAACUCUAUUAAUACUCCAGACAAAAGGGUAAAAGAAGAAGAGACAAAUGUGAGGGGCAAUCAGCAGUAUAAAGAGGACAUUCCUACAAGGAACGAUCUGAUCUAUAUUAAUGCUACAAACAUAAGGGUAAAAGAAGAAGAGACAGAUGUGAGCGGUCAUGAGCAGUAUAUGAAGGACAUUCCUACAGGGAAAGAUCUGAACUAUAUUAAUACUACAGACAUAAAGGAAGAAGAGGAGACAGAUGUGAGCAGUGAUGAACAGUAUAAAGAGGACAUUCCUACAGGUUAUUGUCCAGAUUCUUGUACCAGGAGAUCAGAGGAGAAUCUUAUAUCUUCAGAUUAUAAAGCAGAUGAUGAUAUCACACAAGAUACACAGAGAAUUCACACAGAGGAGAAGCAAUUUUCAUGCCAAGAAUGUGGGAAAUGUUUUAUUUUCAAAUCACAGCUUGAUAGACAUGUGAGAACUCACACAGGGGGGAAGCCAUUUUCAUGUCAAGAAUGUGGGAAACGUUUUACUAUGAAAUCACAUCUUGUUCAACAUCAGAGAAUUCACACUGGGGAGAAGGCAUUUCCAUGUCAAGAAUGUGGGGAAUGUUUUACUAUGAAAUCAUAUCUUGUUGACCAUCAGAGGAUUCACACAGGGGAGAAGCCAUUUUCAUGCCAAGAAUGUGGGAAAUGUUAUAGGCAGAAAGUAAAUCUUAUUCGCCAUCAAGAAAUUCACACUGGGGAGAAGCCAUUUUCAUGUUCUCAAUGUGGGGAAUGUUUUACUUUGAAAUUAAGGCUUGUUGCACAUCUGAGAGUUCACACAGGAGAGAAGCCUUUUUCAUGCCAAGAAUGUGGGAAAUGUUUUACUGUAAAAUCACACCUUGUUGAACAUCAAAAAACUCACACAGGAGAAAAGCCAUUUUCGUGUCAAGAAUGUGGGAAAUGUUUUUCUAUAAGAAAAAAUCUUCUUGACCAUGAGAGGAUUCACACAGGAGAAAAGCCAUUUCCAUGCUUAGAAUGUGGCAAAUGUUUUAAUCCAAAAUCAGCUCUUGUUAAACAUCAAAAAACUCACACAGGAGAGAAGCCAUUUUCAUGCUCAGAAUGCGAAAAAUGUUUCAGGGAGAGAACAGAUUUGAUUCGCCAUCAAAGAAUUCACACAGGCGAGAAGCCAUUUUCAUGCUUAGAAUGUGGAAAAUGUUUUUUGGAGAAAGGAAAGCUUGUUGAACAUCAUAGAACGCACACAGGGGAGAAACCAUUUCCAUGCUCAGAAUGUGGGAAAUGUUUUUAUCUGAAAUCAAAGCUUGUUGAACAUCAAAAAACUCACACAGGAGAAAAGCCAUUUUUAUGCUCAGAAUGUGGAAAAUGUUUUAGAGAGAGAACAGCUUUUAUUCGCCAUCAAAAAAUUCACACAGGCGAGAAGCCAUUUUCAUGCUCAGAAUGUGGAAAAUGUUUUUUGGAGAAAAGAAAGCUUGUUGAACAUCAUAGAAUUCACACAGGAGAGAAGCCAUUUUCAUGCCAAGAAUGUGGGAAAUGUUUUGCUGUGAAAUCACGUCUCGUUCUACAUCAUAGAACUCACACCGGGGAGAAGCCAUAUUCAUGCUCAGAAUGUGGCAAAUGCUUUACUCAGAAAUCACAUCUUGUUGAACAUCAGAGAAUUCACACACGGAAGAAGUCAUAAUAACCAGAAUAUGGGAAACGUUUUUAUCCACAAAUCACAUCUUCAUAAAUACCAAAGAAUUCAGGCAGUGAAGCAGCCUUUUUUAAUUAACUUUUUUUAUUUUUUUAUUGCCAAAUAAUACAGUAAAAUAAUUAACACAAUUGUUACAGUAAAGCCAUUUAGAGGAAUACAUUAUGAUUGAAAAUGCCUGUUAUCUGAGAAGCAAAAUGGGGGGAAUUUUAUUAUUUUCUUUACACUUGUUUUUGUGUUUAUAAGUUGCAUUUAUUGCGUAGUGAAUAUGGUUGCGGGUUUUUUUUUUUUGUGACUUUUCAUCUACCACACUUUCUUAGAGUGGGUCUACUUUUUUGGCAGAUGCAGUGGAUAGUAAUUUUUGGGCAAAAUAUUUGCCCAAUUGGCCGUAUUUUGUGCAGACACACACAAAUCCAAUAGUAUGCUAUUUGUUUGUUGUGUAUUUCUCACAUACUUAACGGGGUACUCCACUGCCCCAGUGUUCAGAACAUUUUGUUCCAAACGCUGGGUGCGGGCUGUGGGGUCGUGAUGUCACGCCACGCCCCUCGAGAUGUCACACCACACCCUUCGAGAUGUCACGCCACCCCCCUCGAGAUGUCAAACCACACCCCCUCAGUGCAAAUCUAUUGGAGGGGGCGUGUGAAGAAAUCACAAAUAAUUAGUAAAUUGACUAGAAGCAUUGUGUCACAUUGUGAUUUACAUGUGAAUAAAACACAGAGGAUUAUUCAAAGAAAAUCCUGAGUGCCGAGGU